AUCUGAAACAUGGCUGAAGUUUGUCAAUAGACCAGAUUUGUAUAGGAAAACCUGCAAGGAACUCAAUAAUACAUACAAGGUUUGUUCAAGACACUUCGAGCCUGAUAUGUACAUGAGUCCCAUAUCACCACGCCUGAAACACUCAGCUGUUCCAACCAUACCUGUUCAGGAAAACAUCUCACAAGGUGGGACUUUGUCAGUAGAAUCAACUGUGGCAGUUCCUUCUUCUAAGAUAGACAUCCCAGAUGCCAUUGCAACAGAGUGUGUUGAAGAGUCUGAUGGCCCCCUGCACAUAUUUAUACCCAGCACUGAUUCAGAAAAAGGAUCUUCCAGGGACAGCAUGGCAGCAGAGCCGUUAGAUGACUGGGGAUAUUUUGAUGGCGGUAGCGGUAACGAUCCAUUGGAAGAUACCAGCAUAUCAUCAGAUACGACAAAUGAAGAAGCAAAUAGCCGUGAAAAAUUGCUCAUGUUCCUGUCCUGUCCUAAUACAUCCAGAUUGUUCUGCUCAGCAGACUUCUCAACUCCCAAAGGAAUUGUCAUCAAGCCAAACACAUCUCAACACCAAGAUAAUGAUGUUCCGAAUAAAUUAAAUGGUGAAAUUGCUACUGAGUUCAUUGAAGUUAAGGAUGAGCCUUUGGAUGACUGGAGAGAUGUUGGUGAUUGUAACACUCAGGAAGAAUCAGGUGAUCUGCAUAAUGACUUGUUGUGUAGCCAAGAGAGGGAUGCACAUGGUGAAUCAGUUAAAGCUGAACCAUUAGACUACUGGAAAGAUAUGGAUGAAUAUAAUGAUGAUAACAGACUACUGCAAGUUAAAGAAGAAUUAGAUGGCAAGGAUGAUGAUCAAUUUUAUAGUACUAUCUUCGAGGUGACGGGCAGCCGGGCCAAUGCGCUCAGCGUCGUCAGCGACCGCGGCCGGAUCAUCGGGCUGUGGGAGGCGGGCAAGUCCAAAGUGGAGAUCUCGCGACAGCUGGGCGUCCACCGAACCACCGUUCACAAGUGGAUUAAGCGCUGGAGGCAGGAGGGCUCGCUCAAGACGAAGCGCCGCUGCGGACGGCCCCAAGUCACCAGCCAAAAGCAGAACAGGGCCAUCGUGGAGCGUGCUCUCGCAAGGCCACUGACCCCGGCCGUGAAGCUGACCAAGGAGCUGAAGCUGCCCUGCAGUGUGUGGACUGUGCGGCGGCGCCUUCACGCAGCGGGCAAGCUGGGUGAAGGAGGGGCGUUCUCCUGAUAGCAGAUGAAGUCGUCCAGGAUUUGCUCUUCAUUACUUCGGAGAGGACGCAGCUAGCGGGUACAAAAUGAAAGGUAUUUUAUAAAUAUAUUUUUUUGAAAAAGUCUGCAAUAUAUUCAUAUCCUUGAUGGGGUGUUCGGUGCUCUCAUUAUGUGCAGUGGUAAUGUCCAACCCCUUGAACAUUUAGUGUCCACGACCAAUGCCUAUGGACGCGCGUGCACACACACACACACACACACACACACACACACACACACACACACACACACACACACACACACACACA